AUGGAAGAACCGCAGCCCCGGACGUCUCUCGUGAGCGGAGGUCGCGAAGAGAUCCGUUCUACACGCAAGUCCAGGAAGUCGCGUGGGCGAGGACUGAGAGCGAAUACUGGCUGUAUAGUCUGCCGCAAGCGCCAUAUAAAAUGCGACGAAGCCAAACCUGCUUGUGGACCGUGUACGAAGGCCAGGCGAGAGUGCACGUACGACAAGCUUGACGCUGCCACCAGCAGCCAUGAUAAGAGUAGCGUGGCACAGGAUGAAAGUUCUCURCCAGAGCUCCCAAGGACGCAGGCCGCUGCUUCUUCGCCGCGACAAAGUACAGAUCAGCACAUUGCGCCAGCAAGAUCGGGGACGAGGUCGCCAUUGAUCGAGCAAUGGCCAUCCGUAGCCAUUGCUUGCGAGGCGCACAGUCCUUACAGUGCCUACAGCAAUUCUACUGCAUAUGGUGUAGAAUUUGCCCCUUUACGAUGGUAUUCUUUGCUUGCAGAUGAUGCGGCCACUGAGACUCUCAACUCUCAUAACCUUGAGGUCUUGAUUGAUGCAGAAGCUGCGUUCCGCCAGUUCGACAGCGUGUCAGCUUCGCUAGGACGAGCCGACGAUGGUGGACCUGUAUACCAAGCUGUGAAUGCUGCCACGCCUAGAAUUCCGGAGAUCGCCAAUGUCAAUCCAGUUUCCUUCGCUCAAGCUGAUCUGAGUAUCGGUGGAAGUGAAAGACGAUUCUGGCAAUCCGCUCAUCCGAUACAGCUUGAGGAUCAUGAGGUCGACAUCUUCGAACGGUUUGUCAAGGGUGUCAGUCUGUGGCUGGAUCUCUUCGAUCCAAAGCAGCACUUUUCCACUUACGUUCCCCAUCUGGCGAUGCAUAAUGAAGGUCUGAUAAGAGCGGUUUUGGCUCUUGGUGCACGGCAUCUGAGCAUCAAGCCGAUGGAUGGUGGCGAGGCCAGCAUGUAUCGCACAGCAUCCGUACAGUACUAUUACGACACUCUGAAGUACCUACAGUCCGCUAUGCAAUAUCUGACAUACAAAAGCUCGCUCGAGUUCCUUGCUACUGUGAUGGUCGUCAGCACAUACGAGAUGAUUGACGGCGCCGGCAAAGGGUGGGAGCGUCAUCUAAAAGGCGUCUUCUGGAUUCAGCGCUCGCUGAAUACCAACGGAGAAUGCGGUGGUCUCGAACAGGCCAUCUGGUGGUCAUGGAUCAGACAAGAUGUAUGGGCAGCCUUCAGAGAGCGACGGCGAUGCUUCAGCUUCUUCAAACCUACAAGAACCCUCGAUUCGAUGGACGUCAUGGAAAUGGCCUCUAGAGUAAUCUACCUUUUGGCGCAGUCAGUCAAUUACAGCUCCGAAGAAGAAACACAAGCCGGGCAGCAGAAUCUGAGUGGCCGCAUAGCGCAAGCCGACACGCUCCUGGAAGUUCUGCAAGAUUGGAAGUCUCACACGAGCGUGCAUUUUGAGCCACUCCCUGUGGAAAGCCGUGCGAGUUUGCCGUUCCGGCCUUUGUGGAUUCAUCCGCCAGCAGUCGGAGCGGCAAUUCAAAUGUACUCCAUGUCUCGAAUCCUCUUGCUCGUAUUCCAGCCCUCCGCUGGUGGUUACACGGAACUCGCGGGUCGUCAGAGGUUGAUUGYAGAUGAGAUUGACACCAUCGCUGGCAUUGCUUUGAAAUGCAACGAAGAUGGUGCCCGUGUGAUGUCAACGCAAUGUCUGUUCGCUGCCGGUCUAUACUGCACGGACUCGGCGAAACGAACAUGCAUCACCGACCUGAUUGAAGACCAUUGCAGGCAGACUGGCUGGCCACCAUCUCACACAUACCUUUCACAGGAGCUUCGGCAGGAAUGGGCGAAGCCAACCGAGAUCCGCUGA